AUGAUAGCCCGUCAGACGCUUUCCGCGGAGUUGGAAGAACGUAAUCGAGCCAGUGACGAUCGACUUCGAGAACAUGAAGAUCAAUCUGAUCUCAUUGUGGCCCUUCAAGCGGAAUUGACGCAAGAGAAAGAUCGCGCACAAGAUCUUGGGGUCCGAUUACAAGAAGCUUUGUUAGAUGUUGAUGGAUUGAAGAAUGCCGAACAUUCUCAUAUAUCUCAACUUCAUGCUUUGCAAGAAGAACGAUCCACCUUUCUAUGUACUCUCAGCGAAGAACAAGCUCGUCGACAGACUGUUGAAUCAGAAAUAUUCGGACUGAAAGCGGAACUCGAGGCUACAGCACAACAACUCCUAGAAGCUAGGAAAGAACGAGACACGGCGUUGAAGAAUCAAUCUGCCGAAGCUGAGAAAUUGAUGAGGGAUCAUAUAGCAGAAGCGGAUGGAGAUCGGGCUGUGUUGGAACAUCAAAACCUGACUUUGACAAAACAGGUAGAAGAUACCAAAGUGGAGAUGGAAGAGAAACUUUCAGCAGCGAAGAAUACCGCUAUCCGUCAGGCUGAUGGACUUCGGGCAGAACUAUCAUUCACCAAAGCCCAAUUA